CUGAUCAGGUGAAUAUAUCUUUCGUUCUCAUCCAUCUCUAAGAACUUUCAAAUGGAGAAGAAAGGCCAGCGUAGUACACAUGACUCCUUGCUGACACACCACCCGGUUCUCUGUAUCAUUGCUUUGUCUGUAAUUUUCAUAGCGAUUGACCCCUUUCACAUAAGUCCAGUCGGUGGUCGUGAGUUCAAACCCGUGAAGCAUGAGGUUGCUCCAUACAAGCAAGUCAUGGAAAACUGGCCGAGAGACAACCUUAGCCGACUAGGCCAUCAUGGGAAGCUCGAGUUUGUGGACGAAGUCUUUGGUCCAGAGUCAUUAGAGUUUGAUGGUUUAGGCCGUGGUCCAUACACAGGGUUGGCUGAUGGGAGGGUGGUUAGAUGGAUGGGUGAAGCAACCGGAUGGGAGACAUUCUCCGUUGCAACAUCAAAAUGGUCAGAGAAGACAUGCGCAAGAGGUGUGGAUUCAACAACGAAUAAGCAAUGGAAGCACGAGAAGCUGUGUGGGCGACCUCUUGGUCUGAGAUUUAAUAAAGAGAGUGGAAACUUGUACAUUGCAGACGCUUACUAUGGUCUACUAAUGGUUGGUCCUGAAGGAGGGGUUGCUACGCCUUUAGCUACUCAUGUGGAAGGGAAGCCUAUACUCUUUGCCAACGAUCUCGACAUCCAUAGAAAUGGCUCAAUCUUCUUCACAGACACAAGCAAACGAUAUGACAGAGCGAAUCAUUUCUUCAUAUUACUUGAAGGAGAAUCAACAGGGAGGCUUCUUAGGUAUGACCCACCUACCAAAACAACACACGUUGUGCUUGAUGGUUUGGCUUUUCCCAAUGGCAUUCAACUCUCUAAAGACCAAUCUUUCCUUCUCUUCACAGAAACUACCAAUUGCAGGUUAGUGAAGUACUGGCUGGAGGGUUCAAAGAGAGGUGAAGUUGAGGUGGUGGCAGAUCUACCGGGAUUCCCAGACAAUGUGAGAAUGAACGAGAAGGGUGAGUUUUGGGUCGCAAUAGACUGUUGCAGAACACCAGUUCAAGAGGUUCUUACAAACAAUCCUUGGAUAAAGAGCAUCUACUUUCGGUUGCCUAUACCGAUGAAGUUGCUGGCGACAGCCAUGGGUAUGAGAAUGCACACUGUUAUAUCAAGAUUCGAUGAGGACGGCAAGGUCUUGGAGGUUCUUGAGGAUAGACAAGGAAAGGUAAUGAAGCUUGUUAGUGAAGUGAGGGAGGUUCAAGGGAAGCUUUGGAUUGGAACAGUGGCUCAUAACCAUAUUGCCACUUUGCCUUAUCCAUUAGCAGUGAAUUAGUGAACAAGUAACUUUGAUGUGUAGUUCUUAGCUUCUGGAAGGAUAAAGAUAAUCAUAGAUAUAAUAUGAUGAUUAGACUAAACCAUCUACCUGUAACUAAACUAUCUUUGUUUUGUCAUUGAAGAGUGUCGAUAGAGUACGAUGUCGAUAUAACAAAUGGAAAAUGUAUUACUAACAAAUAAUAAUAUCUAAGUCACAUAAUUUGUACAGCCUAGUUCAUGAGACACAGGUAGAAGUCCCUUGUGUCGCUGUCUGGUUCCUGACCAAAGAAGCUCAUUGCGACAUCAUCACUCGGCAACACUUUCUCUUACAACCAAUAUGUAACAUAACAGUAGCUAAACUCAGUACGUUGUGCAUCUACAAAUGAGUAGAAGAAGACAGAUUACAUUUUGAUCAGAUGCCAAAAGAGCGAGGAGAGUGAU